GUCCGUCUCCUCCCUUGCUCUUUGGGCGUCCGCUCCGUCAAUCACCGCCGCCGCGGGCCCCUGCCCGGCCUUCUCCGCCUCCCAGGCUCUUGGAGCGCCUCGGGCUCCUGUCUCAAGCUGCCCUACGCUUUGCGCGGAGCCCGGCGAUCUGUCAGCGGAGCCAGCCGGGGGGAGCCGCCCGGCCCGCCGGGGCUCGGGUUACCAGUGACUGACAGCGUCUCCAUGGCGAAUAAUUUGACUCCGACUAUUGUCUGGCGCGGGCAGGCCCCGGGUCAGAUAACCAGACCAAUCAGGGCGCGGGCCGCCGCGCCUCAUGCCCGCUUAGAAUAAUAUUAUUAAAAAAGCGAGAGAGCUAGACGGGAGGGAGACCUAGUGAGCAGCCAGCGAGGGAGCGACAGGCGAGCGGACGCGGAGCAUGCCGAGCGGCGCCCCGGGCGGCCCCCGGGCUGGGACCAGGGCGCAGGCGAGGCGGGCAGGCGACGGGGCCGCAGCGCUGCGCGGGAGCCGCGGCCGGCGCGGGGACGUCCUGCCGUGACUCGGAGUUCGCCGAGAGCCAGCGCCGGUCCAGGGAGCCCGCCCCGCCCGCUUCUGGGCCCGGACCGCCCGGCGGGGAGGCGCCCAUGCCGGACCGCGCAGCGCGGUGAGGGCGCGCGCGGGCGGGCGGGGGCGCCGCCGGCACCAUGUCCAUGCUGCCCACCUUCGGCUUCACGCAGGAGCAAGUGGCGUGCGUGUGCGAGGUGCUGCAGCAGGGCGGCAACAUCGAGCGGCUGGGCCGCUUUCUGUGGUCGCUGCCCGCCUGCGAGCACCUUCACAAGAAUGAAAGCGUGCUCAAGGCCAAGGCGGUGGUGGCCUUCCACCGCGGCAACUUCCGCGAGCUCUACAAGAUCCUGGAGAGCCACCAGUUCUCGCCGCACAACCACGCCAAGCUGCAGCAGCUGUGGCUCAAGGCGCACUACAUCGAGGCCGAGAAGCUGCGCGGCCGGCCCCUGGGUGCUGUGGGCAAGUACCGCGUGCGCCGCAAGUUUCCGCUGCCGCGCUCCAUCUGGGACGGCGAGGAGACCAGCUACUGCUUCAAGGAAAAGAGUCGCAGCGUGUUGCGCGAGUGGUACGCGCACAACCCCUACCCCUCCCCGCGGGAGAAGCGGGAGCUGGCGGAGGCCACGGGUCUCACUACCACACAGGUCAGCAACUGGUUCAAGAACCGGCGACAGCGUGACCGGGCAGCCGAGGCCAAGGAAAGGUACGAGGAGAACAGCGAGAACUCCAACUCCAACAGCCACAACCCGCUGGCGGCGUCGCUGAAUGGCAGCGGCAAGUCGGUGCUAGGCAGCUCCGAGGACGAGAAGACGCCGUCGGGGACCCCAGACCACUCGUCGUCCAGCCCCGCGCUGCUGCUCAGCCCGCCGCCACCACCCGGGCUGCCAUCCCUGCACAGCCUGGGCCACCCUCCGGGCCCCAGCGCCGUGCCCGUGCCGGUGCCCGUGCCAGGCGGAGGCGGCACGGACCCGCUGCAGCACCACCACGGCCUGCAGGACUCCAUUCUCAACCCCAUGUCAGCCAACCUCGUGGACCUGGGCUCCUAGGGCCCCACCUGCCUCGAUGCGCUGGCCUCCGGGGACCGAGAGGCGGCAUCGGGAGGGCAUGUGGCGCCGGGGCCCGCUGGGGACUGAGGCCCGCAAGCGAGCGGGCAGAACCGCCGGUUGGUGUUGCGGAUGGCCCUCUGGCUUGGCCUUGGUUGGGAAUUUUUUUCCCCCCAACAAGUUGGUUUUGAGAUGCUUUGGAGACCUGGGACCGGGUCUUGAACCAGGGAAGGGAAUAAAUUAUACACCAUUCUUAUACUCUCCUACCUUCUCUCUGCUUCUCUUUGUCUGUUCUCGCUCCCCUUGCUCCUUCUUCCUCUUCCUUCCCCUUUCUUCCCCCUUCUUUCUUUCUCCCUUUCUUGCUCUCCCCUUAUUUACUCUGUCUCUGUUUCCCUUUAUAUUUCUGGCUUGUCAUUUCUCUAGGUUUCUGUUUCUCUGUCUCUCUCUGAUUGUCUCUCCUCUCCCCCAGCCUCACAUAUCCUGGCCCUGGGUCUGUACCCCUCCGUCUUUUCCCUCCUGCCUGGCCUUCUGACCCCCCACCGCCACCCCUGGAUUUCCGGGGUUGGGGGGUGGGAGGGGGGAAAGCAAAGGAAAGACAGCCUUUGAAUCCAGGCCAUCUCCAGAGGCCCUCCCGGAGGGGUCAUUGGGGCUGCAGGUGUCAGCUUUGCCCUAGUAACUUCAGUGAAAGAGAAAGGGCAGCGGCGAGAAGGCCCCGCAGGCCCCCAGCCCUGCACUCUCCUCCUCCCCCUGGACUGUGACCACAGUGCUCCCGCCAGAGCCUGCCUCCCGAGCCUCGGACUUGCCGUCUGCCUGUUACGCCCUCAUGUGAAUGUUCUUCAGGAAAUAUUUCUGCUUUUAUUUUAUAAUAAAAUUAGAAAUGAUAAAUAUAUAUGGAUAUACACCACGAGGACCGUGA